UUCCAGAGCGGGCCCUGGCGGCUCAGGCGCGGCCGCCGGGGAGGCAGGCAAAGACGCCAGGGCUCUGGCCAGUGUGCUGGGGUCCUCUCGGUGGGGGGUCAGGCCUCCUGGAGCUCAGGGGUCCCCGAGCCUCCCUCCGUGCGUUUGGGGUGGGGCCCUCUGCCGCCGGGCCUGGCUAUAUCCCAGCUCCUUGGCCAGAGGCAGCAGCCGUGGACUUGUGAAUUGUGGAAGAAGCCCUCAGGACCCUGGGGAUCCUAGGAGGAGCCUCGGAGCCAACCCCUGAGGGACCCUCUGCAGCCCCUUCCCCUCCUUUGUCUUUGGCAGAUGAUCACCUGAUAUCCUGUCUCCCCCAGGGUCAGAUAAACUGGGUAAUUGGACUCUCCGCCUCUUCAUCCAAAACAAACACUCACAGACCGCCCACCCCCACGCUGGAAGGAGUCUGGUUCCUGUCAUCUGGGUACUUGGCUCCAGUGCCCCGCCUCUCUGACCCUGUAGACAAGGGCCAGGCGCGGACGCCGCCGGACCGCGCAGUCUGGAGGGACUGUGAAGCGCUGGCCGGCGUCGGGGCCCUUGCCCCGGGGUCGGGCGGGAGCCGGCGGACGGGAGCCAGAUGGAGGCGGCGAGAGGGGGCGCGGAGUAGCGGGCGGGCCCCCCGGGCUCGCACCUCCCGCGGCGCCGUGGCGCUCCGCGGGCACUGGGGCGCGGCGGGCGGGGCCCCCGGGGCUGCCAUGGAGGUGCCUAACGUCAAGGACUUCCAGUGGAAGCGCCUGGCGCCGCUGCCCAGCCGCCGGGUCUACUGCUCCCUGCUGGAGACCGGGGGGCAGGUCUAUGCCAUCGGGGGAUGUGACGACAACGGCAUCCCCAUGGACUGCUUUGAGGUCUACUCCCCCGAGGCCGACCAGUGGACCGCCCUGCCCCCCCUGCCCACCGCCCGGGCCGGGGUGGCCGUCACCGCCCUGGGGAAGCGGAUCAUGGUGAUCGGGGGUGUGGGCACCAAUCAGCUGCCCCUGAAGGUCGUGGAGAUGUACAACAUCGAUGAGGGCAAGUGGAAGAAGAGGAGCGUGCUGCGUGAGGCCGCCAUGGGCAUUUCUGUCACGGCCAAAGAUUACCGAGUGUAUGCGGCAGGCGGGAUGGGCCUGGACCUCCGUCCGCACAACCACCUCCAACACUAUGACAUGCUCAAGGACAUGUGGGUGUCACUAGCACCCAUGCCCACCCCGAGAUAUGCUGCCACCUCCUUCCUCCGAGGCUCCAAGAUCUAUGUGCUAGGGGGACGACAGUCCAAGUAUGCAGUCAACGCCUUUGAGGUUUUUGACAUCGAGACUCGCUCCUGGACCAAGUUCCCCAACAUUCCCUGUAAGCGGGCCUUCUCCAGCUUUGUGACCCUGGAUGACCGCUUGUACAGCCUGGGAGGCCUGAGGCAGGGUCGGCUCUACCGGCAGCCCAAGUUCCUCCGGACGAUGGACGUGUUCGACAUGGAACAAGGGGGAUGGCUGAAGAUGGAACGCUCGUUCUUCCUCAGGAAGCGGCGGGCAGACUUUGUGGCCGGCGCUCUGAGUGGACGGGUCAUAGUGGCCGGAGGACUUGGGAACCAGCCCACUGUCCUGGAGACAGCAGAGGCGCUCCACCCGGGGAGGAACAAGUGGGAGGCCCUCCCCACCAUGCCCACGCCCCGCUGCGCCUGCUCCAGCGUUGUCGUCAAGAACUGCCUCCUGGCUGUGGGGGGCGUCAACCAGGGUCUGAGCGACGCAGUGGAAGCCCUGUGUGUCUCUGACUCCUAGCUCUCAGCACAGCGCCUGUGCCCCGGACCGGAUCAGCCCACUCUCCACAAGAGGAAUGGUCUCGUCAAAGCAGUGUGGGCGACUUCCCAGGAUGCCAGCUCCUGUCAGCAGCUAGUGGGGUCAGGCCCCGGGGUUCUGAGGGACCUCCCUCCGCCUCCAAACCCUACCCAUCCCAGGAAACCAUGCAAAGUCCCAGGGACUCAGCCAGCCUCCAGCUGGAGGCCAGCUGAACUCUGAGGAGAGUCCCCCCUUCCUGCUCAGGCAGAGAAAGACACAGGAGUACUGGCUACCUCCCCUUCCUGUGAGUUCCACCUCCCCCCGUGUCCAGGGUAGGGGGUGGGCAGGGCCGAAGACAGCUGCUAUCACUGUCCUCUCCCCAGCUCUGAACUAGUUUGAGGGUCCCUCGGGAUGGAAAACGGAGAAGGUUCGCAAGGAGUCCCAAACCCCUCGCUUCUCCCUUGGUCUACAUCCCUUCCCCAUUUGGUGGUCAGCCGUGGGCCUGCCCUAGCCCUCGUCCCCUCAGCAAGAAUUGGCCUUGGAGUCAGGUUCACGGGGACUGGUCCAGGUCAGUAGCCUCGGCCAGGAAGGACCCGUGCCUCUCGGGUCCUCGACGGGAAAGUGACGAUGGAGAAGCAGCAGAUGCCCAGCCCAGGCUCUGCUUCCCGCUCCUCCCCUCGCUCACUUUCUCCUUCCGCCACCCUCCCCUCGCCCUUUUGUCACCCGCGGCCCCAGCGCAUUUCUGGGCAAAACCUUCUCAUGUACACUGUGGCAUCCAAAUCCACGAAGGAUGGAUUAACUGCACUCUGGUUGACAGCAGCAGCACAACAAUUAAAAUCUAUAUUCCUAU